AUGUCAAAAAUGCAAGCCCCCAUCUUUGGUCAACGCUUGUCCGACGCCGAGUCUUCCACAGCGCCGUCUCUGAAAAGAGUGUCCACUCUCCAUACCUUCCUUACAAUCUUCACCCCCUCCUUUGUAGGCUUCAUAGCCAGCUUUACCAAUGGCAUCAUCACAGUCGGACUUCCCAUCAUCGCCCGUUCCAUUUCACUAGAACGAUCCCUAUACCUAUGGCCCUCCUCCGUCUAUGGUCUAACAUCUGGAGCAGCAUUGCUCAUUGCUGGUUCGAUAGCCGAUAUAGUCGGCGCCAGGUCGGUUGAAAUGACGGGUAUCACCUUCCUCGGUAUCUUCACGCUAGCAUGCGGUUUUGCGCAAUCAGGUGCCCAGCUUGUUGUUUUCCGGGCUCUACAGGGAGUGGCGCUUGCGUUGCAUCUACCUGCUUCUGUUGCUAUCAUCACUGGUGCUGUGCCGUCGGGACGAGCGAGAAAUCUUGGUUUCGCGUGUCUGGGAUUUAGUCAGCCACUGGGAUUUGCUGUUGGUCUGGUACUAAGUGGUGUUAUGAUUGAAAGAGCUGGAUGGCGGGUAGGCUUUUACUUGACCGGAGGCUGUUUAUUGGCUGUUGCUGUGGGAGCCAUCUGGACUCUACCUAAACUUCCUUCUCAGAACCAAGAUGGUGUCAUUGCACUCUGGAAGAAGGUUGGCAGGGAGAUUGACUGGGUUGGUGGCAUGAUUUCCAGCGGCGGACUAGCAAUUCUUGCAUACGUUCUCGCUAUCAUCAGCGCCGAUCUGACAAGCAUCCGUUCAGCAGAGACGGCCUCACUCCUCGCUGUCAGCAUUGUUCUCCUCUUCGCCUUUCCAGCUUGGAUGCACUACCGUGAACGAUGCGGCAAGCCGGCCCUUGUACCAAACAAACUGUGGAACAACCUGCCCUUUACCAGCACAUGCAUCAUGGUCGCGCUAUCCUAUGGCGUCAUGAACUCAAUUGAACUCUUCUCCAGCCUCUACUUCCAAGAAGUCCAACACGCCUCGACGCUAGCAACAUCCCUCUACCUUCUUCCAAACCUGACAACAGGUGUCUUAAUCCAGAUAUUCGUCGGCCUCUUCAUCCACCGCAUACCUGCCCGCUGGCUCGUCGCCGGCUCCGCAUGCAUCUGCGCCCUCUCCCCUCUCCUAAUGGCAGUCGUACCUCCAGCUUGGAGCUACUGGAAGCUUGCGUUCUGGGCCCAAAUAUUUGCCCCUUUCAGCGCAGAUGUCCUGUUCACUGUCGGUCUCAUCAUCGUCAGCGAUAACUUCCCAGAGAAGACCCAGGCGUUGGCGGGUGCUGUGUUCAAUACCGUCGCGCAAUUUGGUAUGAGCCUGGGUAUGGGUAGUUGCCAGGUCGUUGCGUUGGGAGUACAGACCAAGAGUGGGAGUACUGGGAGUACCGGCCACAGUGAUGGGGAAAGCGGAGCAGCGUUUGAGGAUCAAGAUGACGUGGCUUUGUUGAAGGGGUAUAGGGCGAGCUAUUGGCUUAUGUUUGGUUACAUGAUUGUUUGCAUGAUGAUCGCUGUUGUAGGAUUGAAGAAGGCGGGCAAGGUUGGACUGAAAAGAGAGUAA